AUGAAAGCAAUCAUAAGAAGCAAGGUUUGCCCUUUAAGAUAUCGCAGCCGAUAUAAAUUAAGUAAAUUAAAAUUGAUUAAAAUGAUUUUUAAUCAUAAUUAUCAGAAAACCGCACUGCGAGAAUUUAAAACUCUUUUCAAAAGCAGCAAAUAUGCAAUAAAUCUACAGCCCACGGUAAAAUGCAGAGAUAUAAAGCACACGUUCCAUGGGAUUAUUAAAGCCAAGAUCUAUAACCAAAGUAAUAUAGCAAUUUAUAGAGGUAGAAAAUGCUCAUAA